UAGCCAUAAAGCCGACGUCCUGUUUCUUAUGUUGUUGGUGGUUGGUGCGUCGAUACGUGUGCGGCAUGGACUGCCAUCUAUCCUCGUACAAAUGAUGAUAUAAAACUGUGAUCACUGUGACACAACGACACGAACCAUUGUACAAUUCGCUGGCACCGCUGGCACAAUCCUGUCGUUACGAGAAACCUUCGUGUGUACGAAGUAGCACGCUGACAAUAAUGAACUACGACAAUUUUCGUUCCCCGUACGAGGACGAGCUGCCUGGAAAAUACCCUCGCAAGCGCCUGAGAGGUGAACCCGGAGCCGAAACAGAAUCCGAAAGGCUGCUUCAAGAGAUGCUAACAAAGCAGCUUGAUACGCGGUUUUCGGUCAAACAUCUUUCAGAGCAACAAAAACACUUCACAGCAGCUGGGAACUAUGUGGAACUUCCUGUUGCUGGCGCACGCUCCUUGGACGAGUACAAGGCAGUUGGAUCACGAGAGCAAGAGAUACAAAUAUUGUUGCAAUGCGGUCUCACGAACGAAGAAAUCGAACUGUAUCUCCAGUCAAAAGAAUCUGCAAUGGUGAAGCAAAAGCACCCUUUGAUGGAUCCAACUUUAUUGGAUUUAAGGCUGAAGCAAAUAGAAUUCAAGGUGAAGAACGGCAAGAAGUGCAUCGGAGAUGCCUGCUUAAGCGAACUGAAAAGUGAAGAGCACUUGGGUUACUUAAAGAAGGAUAGUGACGACUCAUUGCUCUCGAAGGACAUCACCUGCACAAAGAGUCGUUCUUCACAAACAACAGUUCCGAAAGAUCCCAUGAGCCACAUUGCAGACUUUUCGCAGAGAUUGAUGGAAAGAGUAAUGAGCAAGAGAAAAGGGAAGAGGGGAACCAAACCAGAUGAAUCCCCGUCACACAUAAAUGAGAACGAAACGCAAUCAUUAGAUAAGAGCAGCGAAUGCACUCAAGAGCAGCCUGGUCCAGAUCCCACUGUUUAUCAUGUUGUUGUGCCACUUCCUGAACAUGAGAUAGCAGCAGAAAGACUUGGGCUCAAAGAGAUUAGGAAGCUGCCACGUUUCCAAAAUUACAGUCCGGGGAGUGAAAGUCAAGUGCUGUAUUUGAAAAACCUGCACUACAAAGUGGACAUUCGAGAACUGAUGGCACUCUUUUGUCGCUUUGAUGAGGAGACUUGCCCGGUGAAGUACAGGCUCCUGUCCGGCAAGUUAAGGGGACAAGCAUUUGUCACUUUACCAAGCAUACAGGCUGCAGCAAAAGCUCUGGACUUGUGCAAUGGAUAUGUUCUAAGAGGAAAGCCAGUCAUUAUAGAGUAUGGAAAAAAUCAGACAUAAACUACGCUUGUACAAA